AUGGACGCGAAAGAGGACGUGAGACCCACUGGUAGGGGCGGUCGGGGCGUUACAGCAAAAUCGCAUGUGAUUGUUACCAGCAAUAUGAGUGUAAGGCAAUUUUUGGAUGUGAAGUAUACAACGAUGAAUCUGAAUUUAUUUCUGUCCCUUGACCCCAUUGUUGAUGACAACCAGAACACACUGAUUAAAAAGGACUGCUCCGGUCGGGUGGAUAAAGACAAAGGGAUAGUAGGCGAUGCACAAGUCUUUUAUACUAAUGGCUUCAAAAUGUCUGCUAUGGUAACAAAACACACCAACCGGAGUUACCUCAACAAUCCGACAAGUAUAAGGAGAAAAUUGUUUGACGACGCUGGUGUUAAGGGUUCUAAUGGUGUUGUGCGAUUUCACUCUGUAGAAACAUCCAACGUUGUGACCAUUUCUGUUGUGAAUGAUUUCUACAACAACGAGAUGGGUGACGAUGGUGUUACCAAUGUUACUGGCAUUAUAAGACUUGCAAGGAGCACAAACGGAGAUUCAAAUUGA